AUGGUCGACUUGUUAGGCGUGUCUCAGCAAGAAAUGGACAAUAAUGAUAGGGUUGGUGAACAUUGCGUCGCUAUCGGGGAGCAUUCUGAUCUCUGGAGGGCAAAACUGGAGGUCAACGGAGUUUCUACCAUGGUCGCCAUAAAAGUUCUUCGCGGGGGGUCAAGUAGCAGACCCGACUUUCGAGAAAACUUGAUCAAGCAACUUCGCCAGCAAGCCAUCCUGUGGCUGAAGCUAUCCCAUCCUCACGUUGCCAAGUUCUACGGAUUUGUAUAUGACUUCGGUAUGCUUCCCGGGCUCGUACUUGAGUUUUAUGAAGGAAAAAAUGUCAUGGCGUACACAAAGCAUGAAAGUUCUGACGAAACGAAGUUAAGACUGGUUGGGGAGAUUGCUUUGGGUUUGAAAAACCUGCAUCAACAAUGGCCGCCGAUCAUUCAUGGUGACUUGCGAGGGGCCAAUGUGCUCGUCGAUAGCGCAGGACACGCCGUUGUGGCCGACUACGGUCUAGCAUUGAUCAUGGAUUCACCUGAGUUUACCUCUAUCAAAACUGCGGGAACUUGUCGAUGGACUGCACCGGAAAUUAUGGACCCUCCGGCCAAUGGCGAACCACCUUUGCCCCAGUUUACCGUCAAGAGCGACAUUUUUUCCUUCGCUAUGACCGUCUUUGAGAUCUUUGCAGGAGAGCGACCAUUUGACGAGAAGAAAGGUGACAGCAGCGUUAUUUUUGCAAUCUUGAGCGGAAAUCGCCCUCCCCUUCCAGAGUUUUUUGAAAACAAAUCUGAUCUUUCAAAACUUGUGGAACAGUGCUGGAGCCAGAACCCCGAUCAACGGCCAACCGCCCGUCAGAUCUGCCGCAGACUGGGUUUGGGAUUGGCUGGACACCGUCCGUGA